CCCCCCCCCCCCCCCGGNUGCAUGGGUUCCUGCAGGGUGUCCAGCAAGGCCAACGAUGCGGCAUGGGUAGUGGAGGAGGGUUACUUCAACAGUGCUCUGUCGCUGGCUGACAAGGGGAGCCUGCCAGCUGGAGAGCACAGCUUCCCCUUUCAGUUCCUGCUUCCUGCCACAGCACCUACAUCCUUUGAGGGCCCCUUUGGGAAGAUUGUGCACCAGGUGCGGGCCACCAUCGACACACCACGUUUUUCCAAGGAUCACCAGUGCAGCCGAGUGUUCUAUAUUUUGAGCCCCCUGAAUCUGAACAGCAUCCCAGACAUUGAGCAACCCAACGUGGCCUCCACUACCAAGAAGUUCUCCUACAAGCUGGUGAAGACGGGCAGCGUGGUCCUCACCGCCAGCACUGACCUCCGUGGCUACGUGGUAGGGCAGGUGCUGCGGCUGCAGGCUGACAUUGAGAACCAGUCAGGCAAGGAUACGAGCCCGGUAGUAGCCAGUCUGCUGCAGAAAGUGUCCUACAAGGCCAAGCGCUGGAUCUAUGAUGUGCGGACCAUUGCAGAGGUAGAGGGUACAGGUGUCAAGGCUUGGAGGCGGGCACAGUGGCAAGAGCAGAUCCUGGUGCCUGCCCUGCCCCAGUCAGCCCUGCCGGGCUGCAGCCUCAUCCACGUGGACUACUACCUGCAGGUCUCCCUGAAGGUGCCUGAAGCCACCGUGACCCUCCCCGUCUUCAUCGGCAAUAUCGCUUUGAACCACGCUCCGAUGAGCCCCCGGCCAGGCCCAGGGCUGCCUCCUGGGGCCCCGGUCUCCGUGGUACCCUCUGCACCGCCCCAGGAGGAGGCUGAGGCUGCGGCCAGCAGCCCCCACUUUGCAGAUGCAGUCUCCCUUUCCACGAAGAGCCACUCACAACAGCAGCCAUUACCUGCCGCCUUUGGCUCUGUGCCUGGUGCCCCUGAACCCCGCCCUCAGGAUGGCAGCCCUGCUCCCCACCCAUUGCCCCCUCCCUUGUGCAUCUCCACAGGUGCCACUGUCCCCUACUUUGCAGAGGGCUCCGGAGGGCCAGUGCCCACCACCAGUACCUUGAUCCUGCCCCCAGAGUACAGCUCAUGGGGCUAUCCCUAUGAGGCCCCACCAUCCUAUGAGCAGAGCUGUGGCGGUGCAGAUCCUAGCCUGAUGCCCGGGAGCUGACCCUGUGCCACCUUCUCCGGGUGGGCUGACUUCUGCCCUGGGACUGGGUACCCAGGGCCUCGUGCCUUCUUCGCUCCUGGCCUGACCCGGCCCACUCAGGACCCACUGCUGCUCGGCCGCUCCUUUCAGUCUCUGCCUAGGGACCAGCCUCUCCCCGGGGGGGCUGGGGCCUGGAGAGAUGCCGUGUAAAUAAAGUGCUUCAUUUGUAGA